AUGUUAAACAUCAACACUUUAUUUCAGCCCUCCUCCAAAAAGCCUAUAGAUUUGAUAUGCACCCAUUUAACUUUAGCUAAUAUCAUGACAAUUCUUUCCAGUGUGAUUCCAGAAAUAAUAAAUGCUUUUGGGGUAAGAAAUUUUCUGGAUGACAUUGGUUGUAAGGCAGUGCUGUACAUCUACAGAGUCACACGGGGUGUCUCCCUCUGCACCACGUCUUUCCUGAGUAUUUUUCAGGCCAUAAUUAUCACUCCUAGCAACUCUAGGUGGGCAUGGCUCAAACCCAAAGUCUCCACGUACCUUUUUCCUGCCUUCUUUUCUUUCUGGAUCAUCAACAUGCUGAUCUACAUCCGUGUCAUCAUAACUGCUGUGGGCCCCUACAACAUCAGUGAAGUUGGACAAGUGUAUUCACUGACAUACUGUAGCGGGAGAGAACCUGAUAAACUUCAGGAGGCUGCUUUUCUAGGGGGUAUGGUCUUACGAGAUAUUCUGUGUAUUUGCCUCAUGAUCUGGACCAGUAUGUACAUGGUAAACUUUCUCUUCAUACAUCGCAAGACAGUCCAGCAUGUCCAUAGGACCAGCCUCUGCCCAAGACCAUCUCCCGAAACCAGGGCCACCCACACAAUCCUGGCACUGGUGAGCUGCUUUGUUUUCUUUUACUGGACCAACACUUGCCUUACCAUUUACAUAAUUUACAGACAUAAUGUACAAAGUCUGGAGAACAUUACUAUUUUUCUCUCCUCUUGUUAUCCAGCAAUCUGCCCUUUUGUGCUGAUCAAAAAUAAUAAUAGACGAUCAUUUCUGAACUGUAACUUUGCAAAAACGAGAAAGUCCUCACCACAGUCUAUGUCCCUUAGAGGUUUGAACGCCCUCACAAACUUCUUUGACACAAGAGCCAUGUGA